AUGUGGGAAUAUUAUCGGGGCAAAUCCAUAUUUCUCACUGGUGGCACAGGCACUUUGGGAACAGCAAUCUUAUGCAGACUGCUCAACCAAGCGGCGCCAAAACGGGUCUUUAUCCUGUGUCGUGGAGGUCUAGAAAAUGCAUACGCAAAAUGGCAGAAACUACUUCCGGAUGCUAUGGCCACCGCACUGUCCCAGAGCUCUUGCGUGACAUUUUUGAGCGGUGAUAUCACCCUCAAGCAGAUGGGAUUACAUGAGUCUGACUGGCGGACUCUCAAAAAAUCCGUGCAGGUUAUUAUACACGCCGCAUCAUCGAUCAGUCUCACAUGUCCAUUGCCGAAACUGGCAACUUCAAUUAUCGCACCCAGUCUUUCAUUGGCCGAAAUCGCGAUGGAGUUUGCAGACCUGCAGCAUUUUGUGUAUAUCUCGACCGCAUACGUCAAUGCUCACCUAUGGAAAACCACCGAUCGCUGUGAUGUCCCCGUCAAAGAGUGUAUUUACUCACUUGGCCCUUAUCAAGAGAUCUAUGAUCCACACAACUUGGAUGAGUGGGCAGGCUUUGGUCCACAGACAGAACACGAAUGGAGAAGUGUUUUGGAUACCGGUACAAGCAUCGAAUUCGACUAUAAUGACUUUCCUUGGCCUUACGCCUAUGCGAAACACCUCACGGAGCGCCUGCUCAUCAACACCUUUAUGCAAAACGAGGCAACUGAAAAGCUAUUGAUCGUAAGACCUUCUUGCCUGGGCCCCGCAACUAGUCAGCCUUACCCUGGGUACUCCAGCCUUUCAACUUCAUCCACAGGGCUAGCUGCCUCCAUUAUGUUAUAUGCGGGGAACACCAUGAAACUUCCCACCCGAAGUGCAGACCCCGAAAAUGAAGUCACUAUGGAUGAGAUCCCUGUGGAUGUGGUAGUGGAUCGAAUACUAUCGCAUACUGCCAAGGGUACAUUUGGAUGCGUUCAUGCAGUCGCUGGUAAACGGGCACGCUUGGCAUUCAAUGACUGGUGGCCGGCUGUCAUGAAAGAGCGUCGACUACCAUGGCUUGUGAAGCCCGAAUGGCUUCCACUAGACUGGCACUCGCCAAAACUUCAUUCCGUUGCCAAGUUCUAUGUCAUUCUGGGAACGUCUUUUGCUUUCGAGGACGAUCAAGUUUCCAGACUACUCGCCAAGUUGAAUGCACACGAAAAGCUUCAUUUAAAGUUGUUCGUGGACGAAACAGGUGAAACGAACCCUUAUGACUUGAAGCCGCGGAGGCAUCGAAUUCGUCAGAUGGGAAUGAAAAUCGCAAGAAAGAGACAUUUACCGGGAUGUUUUGUCAAACUUUGUUGUCGUUCAGGAACAUUGAGCAACCAGGCUCUCGCGCAGAAGGCUCAGAGCAGUAUGCACGAUUAUGGAAGCACAUUAGGACUUGGGGUUGUUUCAAAAGAAACGGAAGGGGAAAUGGUCCGUGUAAAAUAG